UGGGCGUGGCGGAGGCGCGGCCGGGGAACGGAACGGAACGGAACAGAACGGAACGGAACGAGCGGCGGGCGCAGCCAUGUCCUUCUGCUCCUUCCUGGGGGGAGAGGUGUUCAAGGAUCACUUCCAGCCGGGUAUUUACGUGUGUGCCAAGUGUGGCCAUGAGCUGUUCUCCAGCCGUGCCAAGUACGAGCACUCGUCGCCGUGGCCAGCCUUCACCGAGACCCUGCGCGGGGACAGCGUGGCCAAGCGCGAGGAGCGCCCGGGGGCGCUGAAGGUGACGUGUGGCAAGUGUGGCAACGGGCUGGGCCACGAGUUCCUCAACGAUGGCCCCAAGAGGGGCCAGUCCCGCUUCUGAAUAUUCAGCAGCUCGCUGAAGUUCGUCCCCAAAGGUAAAGCUGACCUGAAGGAGAAGUAAGUGAGCUGCUGCACCUGCCACUGCCCUGGGCUAAUCCUGCCUCCACUGCCUGGGAUGCACUGUCUGCCAAGGGGACCCACAGCAGGAGCAACCCCAGGGAUGCUCCUGGUCCAAGUUUGCCCCUGAUUUCCUGGUCACGGUUUCCCCUUGAUUUCCCUGUCAGGGUUUUAUUCCCUGAUUUCCCUGUCAAGGUUUUAUUCCCCGAUUUCCCUGUCAGGGUUCCCCUGUUUUCCCUGUUGCAGUUCCCCUUGAUUUCUGUCACGGUUGCCCCCUGAUUUCCCUAUCCCAGUUCUCUCCUGGUUUCGCUGGUCCGGUUCCCCCCUGGUUUCUCUCUCACAGUUCCUCCCUGGUUUCUCUCUCACGGUUCUCUCCUGGUUUCCCUGGUCCAGUUUCUCCCUGGUUUCCCUAUCCCAGUUCUCUCCUGGUUUCCUUGUCACAGUUCCUCCCUGGUUUCCCUGUCAAGGUUCUCCCUAUCCCAGUUCUCUCCUGGUUUCCCUAUCCCAGUUCUCCCCUGGUUUCCCUGCCCCAGUUCCCCCCAGGUUUCCCUGGCCCAGUUCCCCCAGGUUUCCCUGCCCCAGUUCCCCCUGGUUUCCCUAUCCCAGUUUCUCCCUGGUUUCCCUAUCCCAGUUCCCCCCAGGUUUCCCUGGCCCAGUUCCCCCCAGGUUUUCCUAUCCCAGUUCCCCCAGGUUUCCCUGGCCCAGUUCCUCUCUGGGGCUGUUCCAGCUCCAUGCCAGGAGCUGCAGUGCCUGUGCUGAGCCUGGGAGCCUUUGCUGCUGACAGUGUCCAGAGCCUGGCAGGCACUGCUCAGUCCAGGAGGCUGUGCUGGCACUCCCAGGGAGUGAGGCAGGAUUAGCUGAGCUCAGGGUCAGGGUUAAUCCCUGGAGCUAUUCUGGGAUCAUGCUAUGAAGUGCCCUAUAUAAACCCUUCCAGGGUGCUGGGGCAGGGAUGUUUGAUGGUCCCACUGGGCAGCAUCCAGGUGUUUUCCCCCCUGCCCACCUCCCACCCUGCAGGGACGGUUCCACACCAGUGUCCUCGGCUCUGCCCUGGCCUUACACCUGACUCAGCACUGUGCAAUCAAUUCCAGGGGCACUCAGAGUCCUCCUGGCCCUGCUCUGUGGGAGGGAGGCUGGACCUGUGCCCAGGGGCUGUGCUUGGCACUGCUCAGGCUCUGGGAAUCGUGGCUGUGCUGCCUCAGUGCUCCCAAGGGCUGCCACACUGAUUCUGCUGAAUUCCAGUGCCUCAUUCCUGCCUGUCCCAGGAGCCAAAUCCUCCUCUGGAAUGGGUACACCAGGAUCUUUAAUGAGGGAAGAGGCUGUUGCUGACCCGUGGGGUUUUGGGGGCUGCGCUGUGGGUGCAGCUCCACUCAGGGGACACCUUGGGGACUUUUCUCUCCACGUGUUUUCCCUCAAUCCCACGGAUCCAGGGGCACCAGGCGAGGUUUGCCACCCCUGGAGCUCACUGCUGGUCUCUCCAUGCUGAAAUAAAGCACUGAUUCACUGUG